UUUAGCAACAACUCCAAACACUGGAAUAUCUUUGUGAUAAAAAUACCAAAUAAAUCCUGAUAUUUCUUCUGGUAAAAUCAUCGUUUAAUAGAUUUCUGAUAUCAGAUCUGUUGUACUUGGAAUAAAAAGGAGGAGAUCUACCAUUAUUUUGCUUAUACACAAUGUUGUAUAAUGUUGGUUGAGUGUUUACAGCGAGGACAACUCAAAGUUAUUCAACUCGUGUGAGAAGUUCUCUGAGUCAAGGGGAUUGUGAAGUUGAUAUUUAAAGACAACAAUGGAUCCAUUGAGGGCUAAAGCUAAUUAUUCCAGGGUAUGUCAUUUGUUGGUAGAUAAAGGUGGAGAUGUUUUGAGAAAUGCUUUGCAUGCGGUGCAUCCACCUUCCACCUUAGCUUCCGUAUUGAAUGCAAACAAGAAGACCUUACAGAGAAUACGAUACAGUGUAAUUAAAGCCUCGCAAUGGGAUCUACUCUUCCCAAGAUCUGGUGCUCCAGAUUCAAACAACUUUGAUAUUACCUUAUUGACUGUCCUGCUCCGAAAUAUUUGUGGAUUGUCCGCACCAGCCACCGGAUGGAAUGUGAUGCCUCCAGUCAGCGAUACUUCUAUAUCUGCAAAUAUUUUAAGAGUCAAAAUGUUUAGAAAUGAAGUCUAUGGUCAUAUUCCAACUGCUGGUUUGGACGACGUAACGUUUGAAACAUUGUGGAAAGAAAUUUCUGUUCCGUUAGUCAACUUGGGAAUUCCUCAAAUUGAUAUUGAUGAAUUAAAGGUGGCUCCUCUUAGCCCUGAAGAAGAAAGUUAUAUUGAAAGAUUGAAAGAGUGGAAACAACAAGAGGAUCUCCACAAUGUCGAGCAACUCGCUAAAUUUAACUUUACUGGAAAGAUUAAUGACCUUUGUACAAAAUUUCAAGAUGGCACCAGAAAGUGGUUGUUUGAUAAACUUUCAAGUUGGUUUGGGAGUGAAGAAUCCAGGGUCUUGAUCCUAACUGCAGGUCCAGGCGUUGGAAAAAGUGUUUUGUCUGCAAAGCUUUGCGAGCUUUUUAGAGAACGUGGUCAACUCGCAGCUCACCAUUUCUGUGACUUUCGAAAUUCUGAUUCCAGCAAUCCUCAGAGAAUCCUCCAGUCCCUUGCCAGUCAAAUGUGUGAUAAUGUUGAAGGAUUUCGUGAUAAACUAACUGAAAUUAUUCGUCGUGAACAUUCUCGUGACUCGUUGUCUGACGCAUUUCGUGUUCUUUUGAACGACCCCCUCCAUGCCCUUGACAGACACGAUCCAAUGUUGAUCAUCGUUGAUGCUUUAGACGAGAGCAAAACUGACGAGAAAAGCGAAUUAUUGGAGUUGAUAUCUGAGAGAUUUUGUGAACUGCCUGAUUGGAUUAAGAUAUUCAUUUCAAGUCGGCCAGAGCUACAAGUACGAAAGAUUCUUGAACAUCUUCACCCGUGGGAAAUCCGUCCUGAUGACGAAGAUCACAACCACGACAUAGAGCUUUUUGUUCGUCAUAGUUUACCUAAUCUUUACGGUUAUAGUAUAAGGUCAGUUAUUUCAAAGUGUGAGGGAUCGUUUUUGUACGCUUAUUACUUGGUCAGUGAAUUUAAAGAAAAGGGCGUGGGAAUUGAACCCGACCUAAAUGAUUACAUCCUCAACGGUAUUUCCGGAUAUUACGAAAAACAGUUCAAACGUUUGAAAAUAGGCCUCCAACAUUUCAAGCAGGAUGCCUCAUGUCUCUUAAACAGUUUGAUCAAUGUCGUUGCCGUUUCUAAGGAACCUAUGCCAAUAAAAAUUCUUCUCACAUGCAUGGGUCUCUCUAAAGACGAAUUUAAAAUACGUAAAGCGGUUCUUGACAUAAUGUCAGAGAUUCUUCCAGUUUACGAUGGGUGUCUGGCAGUUUAUCAUAAGUCAUUAUGGGAUUGGCUGACAUUGAACGGUUAUGAAGAACAUGAAUUCGUUGCAGAUUUUUCAGACGGCAAUAUACGUCUCUGGCGUGCUUGUAAGAAACAAUUCUGCGAGAUAGAUGCUUUGAAGUCUGUUUUAGAACUCCAAAUUUCAGCCGAGAAUAGGUACGCUUUAAAACAUGGUUGGAAAUAUUUGGUCGAUGCAGGCGAGGUAGAGGAAUUUCAUUGGUUGGUGCAUGUUGGUAUAAACGUCUUGAAACUAAAAUUUUUUGAUCACCUGAACAGUUCUUUUUUCAGGCAAAUUCUUGGCACGUACCGUUCUAAACUUUCCAAGGAUAUUUGUUGGGGCCUCAUGCAAUACCUUUGUUUCUCUGAAAUGGUAGAAGUUAGCCCUGGGAGAGCAAGUGUUAAGACUUAUGAAAAAGAUCAUCUGCGCGGAAUAGUUGAGACUUGUGAAGAAGAUAGUUGUUACGCAUAUUUGCAAGCACUUGCUAAUGGAUACUUUGAUUUUUCACAAGGUGCCGUCAAUUCCAAAAGUGUAGCUAGGGAUAUCUUGGGUGCGACAAAUGAGUUUUGGAUAGAAUAUGUGACAACUAAAAGCAAUUCUAAUUUAAGCAUUUCCCUCGAAGCUGUGGUUCCAUACGACUCAAAUUUUAAUAUUUUAGUGUCACCGGACCAGACGAUGCUUGCUUGCAUACUUGGGGAAAAAGUCCAAGUGCUUAAAAUACCAGAUCUUACAACUGUCUUUGAGGCACAAAUUACUAUUAUAAGACCUCUUUGCCAAUUCUCUGCCUUUUCUCCAGACUCUUCGUAUUGUUUAUACAAUUCAAUCCGGUUCUGCAUCAAUAUUAAAGAAAAAGAAGAGGUCCCCUUCAUUACGCACGGCCCCAAAGACAUCAGUUGCUGUUCAUUUUCUUCAUGUGGAAUGAAACUUGUCACAUUAGAGAAAACGUCAAUCAAAGUGUGGAAUGUAAAAAGCAAGAAUAUAUUGGUUGAAGUUGAGAACGUGUAUAGUGAGAAGUCUUAUUGUUUCUUUAGUAAUUGUAACUCGUGUAUUCUUCUUUGGUCAAGGGAUGAGGAAAGAUUUGGUUCCCCAGUCUUAGAUCACAUGAACGUCUUGAAUUCUGAAACUUUAGAAAAGACUGAUAACAAGAAUAUUCGUGUUGACCAGAAUUUGUGUAGUAAUGAUUCCUUUCAAAUGUUUUCGCCGCGUUAUUUGCUUUCCGACUUGAAUGUUAAAAUGAAAAUGAAUUAUAUCUGUUUGCCAUCUGGUGAGAAAGUUAUAAUUUCCAAUAAAUAUUGUUCAAAAGUUUUUGUGUGGAAAAACAGAAAGUGUGUAGCAUUUACAAGUGAUUUGAAAAAUGAUUUAGCUUUGGUAGUGUACGAUCUCAUAAAUCAAAAGAUCGUUGACGUGUUUGAGAUAGGAUUUUUGCCUUAUGAUACUCGUGUCAAUUACAUUUCGAAAUUAGAAGGGACGAGUUUCCUUUUAUCUUUAGGAUUUCCCAAAGUACUCAGUGUUUUAUCCUUCAAAUCUCUUCUCGAAUGGCCUGAUGCUACUUUUCUUGACAAUGCCCAAAUAGAUUGCUGUGCACUAUCUCCAGACACCUUGUAUGUCGCGUGCUGUUUUAAAAAUUGCCUUCUUUCAAUAAGAAGUGUCGAGAGUGGGGAAACAUUGCAAACUGUUGCACUAAAACAACGAGCAUUAGCAUGUUGGUGGUCAGAGUCGUACCUUUGGUUGGUCUGUGAUGGUCUGGUUGUUAAAUAUCGCUAUGAACCUAGGAGUGAAAAUAUCUUAGGAAGUCGAAGUCAAGAUGAAGAAUCUAUUGCAAAGUUUAAGCGUGUCCUUGCAUUUAAAAAUGGAGUUCUUGUCAUUGACUGCGUUCGGGAACUUUCUAUUUUAAGAAUUUGUAACGAAAAACUGUGUUACCAAGAAACACCGUCAUGUAGGUUUACUCUCCCUUCUGCGGCAAUACGUUCUGAUGGGUGUGCUGUUAUGUUAUUCAAUACUUAUGGUGUUUCACCUUAUGAAUUGUGGGAAAAACGUGGCAACACAUGGAUUGUACGUUCAACCGGAGAGUUGGGUCUACCGGAUCUACUGGAUAUUUGUUGCUGGUUUUUAUCUGGUACAGAAACUACUUGCAAUGCAGUGUUCUUGACAAGAGAUAAAUUGUCUAAAAUUCAUUUACUUCCUAUUACUUUCCGAGAUGGUGUGAAAAAAUUUCAUGAGAUUGAAAACUUUAGUCUGGCUGUUUAUAUCGAUUCUGAUUUGUUCGCUAUUUUCGCCAGUAGAUGGAUACAUUUUUUUAAGGCGUCGGAAGGCAAAAUAAUAUCUUCCAGAUACAUUGGUAAUCUUUUUUCUUUUCCUCCUGAUCCAUCUCCUUUCUUUCUUCCAUCAACGCGUUCCCUUCUGUUCGUUGACAGAAAUGGCAACAAAUAUUUAAAAAUUCAUAAUAUUGAAAAGUGUCUCUAAGAUUUCCUUUCUUGAUGUCAGUAGUUUAGAAUCCGAUUUCUUGUUUAAAUGCGAAAAUCAUGGAAAUCAUUGAAACGUUUUUUUAGUUUUUCCUUUCGUGAUGUAAAUUGUUGAGCAUGGAAUUUCUUGUUUUAACGGCGAAACGCACGAGUUUAUGAAAAUUUUUGAACUGUGUAAU